CCUCUUCCCCCGGCGCCGCUGUCUCUUCUGUAUAAAUACCACCACCUCCACCACCAUUUCCACCGUGCCCUUCGCUUCCCUCUCUUUACUUUUCACUUUCACACACAACACCAAAAACACUCACUGAAACCAAAAUGGGUUUCAGGGUUUUGCUCUCGGUCGUGGUUCUUAGCUCUUGUUUGAUGAUCAAUGGUUUAGAUCUUGAUCAUGUGAGCUGGACACAGGCUCCACACCACUCGCCGUCGUACCCACCUACCGGAGCUCCAGCGCCCCACCACCGUCAUCCCAAGCGUCCCGGUGGCCACCACCACAAACCUGCUGUUCCUCCCACGGCUCACACACCAACUGUAGCUCCAGUUCACCCACCAAGUGUCGCUCCGGUGCACCCACCUAGAGUCGCUCCGGUGCACCCGCCGAUCAAGGCGCCUGUGCAUCCACCAACCAAGGCACCUGUACAUCCUCCGACCAAGGCGCCAGUGCAUCCUCCGACCAAGGCACCAGUGCAUCCACCGACCAAGGCGCCUGUGCAUCCACCGACCAAGGCGCCUGUGCAUCCACCGACCAAGGCGCCUGUGCAUCCUCCGACUAAGGCACCUGUGCACCCACCGACCAAGGCGCCAGUUCAUCCUCCGACCAAGGCGCCUGUUUAUCCACCAAGUCACUCACCGGCUCCGUCACACGCACCUCUUCCGACACGGAGGCAGGUGGCGGUCCGUGGUAUGGUUUACUGCAAAGCUUGCAAGUACAAGGGUAUUGACACGCUCUUUGGCGCUACUCCUCUACAGGGAGCUAUGGUACUCUUAACAUGCAACAACACUAAGUAUCCACUCAGGGUCAAAUCUACAACCGAUAAGAACGGCUUCUUCUUCAUCAUGCCACCUAAGACGUUGACCACUUUUGGGGUGCACAAGUGUAAGGUCACUUUGCUAUCGUCGCCAAAGGCUACAUGUAACAAGCCCACCAACUUGCACUAUGGGAUUAAGGGUGCCACUCUAGUCCCUACCCCAAAGCCAAAGAUCGUACUUACGCCAGUGCUGCCCUUCGAUGUGUUCACAGUGGGUCCAUUCGCAUUUGAAGCCUCAAAAAAGACACGAUGCCCACUUUAGAUUAUAGAUGACUGGUUUAGUGAAGAAGGAGAAGUUGAGGGGUUUGAAGGCCUAUUAUGAUUAGUUUAACGUGCUAAGUGUUAUUUAGAAUUGUCUGUUCUCCUGAUGUGAUGCUUAGUUGUUUGAGUUGUAGUUUGAUGAAAAGACGAGGGAUUUUGCUAUGUAGUAUUUGGUUAAUAAAUUUGAAUGAAUAUGCUUCUUUCAAUAAUAGGCAGUUGGAU